AUGUCUGUCAGUUUGGUGGAUCGCUCUGCACCAAAUCAUGUUUUCAAUGACUAUCUUGCGAUGCGCACGACACGUGCUGGCACAAUCUCACCUAAUGACCGCAAAGUACACGUCACACAGACUGUUUCAACAAUAUUUCAAUUCAGAGCGAUUGACUGGGGCAUGGAAAAUUGCGAAUUGCACGUCGCCAUUCCGCCUGUGGACCGACCGACUACACUUGCUUUAUACCGCCUCAAUGCCACUGUACCACUUGAUAUUUCAACGUUAUCUUUUAACGUCCGACCGCCACGGGUCGCGAAACUCAAUAACAUAGUGCCAGGGCAGGACAGCUUAGAUUGGCACAGAAAACUUUCUUGUGCUUUGGACGACGUCCUUGUUUUUGAGUUAGCAUGUUCGGAUGACGAACCAAGCGGUAGCUGCGAUAUGGAAUGGUGGCAGGCUCGCGAGGAGACUGCACCAGCUGUCUACAUGAUCCAGCGUUCCACUGUGUAA